AUGGCUUUGGAAUACAACCAGUCAACAGAUUACUAUUAUGAGGAAAAUGAAACGAAUGACACUCAUGACUAUAGUCAGUAUGAAGUGAUCUGUAUAAAAGAAGAGGUCAGAAAAUUUGCAAAAGUUUUCCUACCUGCCUUCUUCACAAUAGCUUUCAUCAUUGGACUUGCAGGCAAUUCCACUGUAGUGGCGAUUUAUGCCUAUUACAAAAAGCGGAGAACCAAAACAGAUGUGUACAUCUUGAAUUUGGCAGUGGCAGAUUUAUUCCUUCUAUUCACUUUGCCUUUUUGGGCAGUUAAUGCAGUUCAUGGGUGGGUUUUAGGGAAAAUCAUGUGCAAAGUCACUUCAGCCUUGUACACAGUCAAUUUUGUGUCUGGAAUGCAGUUUCUGGCUUGUAUCAGCACAGACAGAUACUGGGCAGUAACUAAAGCUCCCAGUCAAUCGGGAGUGGGAAAACCAUGCUGGGUCAUCUGUUUCUGUGUCUGGGUGGCUGCCAUCUUGUUGAGUAUCCCUCAGUUGGUUUUUUAUACAGUAAAUCAUAAAGCUAGGUGCAUUCCCAUCUUUCCAUACCACCUAGGAACAUCAAUGAAAGCAUCAAUUCAAAUCCUGGAAGUCUGCAUUGGAUUUGUAAUACCCUUUCUUAUCAUGGCAGUGUGCUACUUCAUCACGGCAAAGACACUCAUCAAGAUGCCUAAUAUUAAAAAAUCUCAGCCCCUCAAAGUUCUGCUCACAGUGGUCAUAGUUUUCAUCAUCACUCAAUUACCUUAUAACAUUGUCAAGUUCUGCCAAGCCAUAGACAUCAUCUACUCCCUGAUCACUGACUGUGACAUGAGCAAACGCAUGGAUGUUGCCAUCCAGAUCACAGAGAGUAUUGCACUUUUCCACAGCUGCCUCAACCCAGUCCUGUAUGUUUUCAUGGGAACCUCUUUUAAAAACUACAUCAUGAAAGUUGCCAAGAAAUAUGGAUCCUGGAGAAGACGAAGACAAAAUGUGGAGGAGAUUCCUUUCGAAUCUGAAGAUGCUACAGAGCCAACCAGUACCUUCAGCAUUUAA